GGUAUCAAAAUAUAAUUGUAAAUUAUAUUUUUCAUCAAAAUAUUAAAUUUAUGUAUAAAAUUAUAAAAAAUAAAUUUAUUUAUAAUAAUUUCUAACAAUCCGUGAUUCCACCAGUACAAUUGAAUAUGAAUUAAAUGUAAUAGAUUUAAAUGAAUUAUAAUAACUGGAUACUUCAAAUUGAUCAAUUUAUCCAAAUUGCUAACUACACAUGCAACUACAUGCUACCUAAGUGAGAUUGUGAGAAUUGAUUGCAUGUUGUCAAAUUAAAGGUUUGACAAGGUAAAUUCAGGGGUGAUCAAAUCAAAGAUGAUAAAUUAUUUUUGAUGGCAACGAGCUAAGCUCAAUGAUCUUGUGUCAAAAUCAUUGAGCAAUUUUAAAAAAAUAUUUCAGCACUCCAUAGAUUUAGUUUUAUUAUUAUUGUUAUUAUUAUUAUGAAGUGUUAUGUUGUCUUUUUUUGAAUAAAAAGUGUUAUAUUGUCAUUGUGUGAUUUUAUUAACAAAUUUAGUAAUUUGUAAAAAAUAAAAAAGGUGGGCAACCCGGCGAACCACUUUUUGCCGCUUCUUUCUCUUCCAUUUUCCCGCCAGACAACCCACUCACCCUCCCCAAACCCCAAUCUUACUCAGCUUCUAUCUGCUGCUUCACUGUCAACCUGCAGCGUCAAGCUCCGCCAACGCGCCGACAAAAUGGACAUGGACUUUGAUAUUCCUCAAGCAGACGAGCUCGAAUGGCUCGAGGCCAACUCUAAUUUUCACGAAGAAGACGAGGUUCAACCUAGUUUCCAAUCUGACGAAGAACCAGCGCAAUCACCCCCAGGUUCCCCAUCGAUUUUGGCCGAUUCGAACUCCGGUCAGAAGCGUCUCCGUUCGGAAGUUUCAGAUUCGUCUAAUCACGGAGAGGAAGAAACUGCUGCCGUCAAAAUCGACCAGAAGAGAAGUAAAGUCGACGAUGGCGACGACGAAGACUGGCUCCGAUACUCUCCUCCACGAGACGGAGUUGUAGAGGACGAUGGGGAGAGGGUUGAUGUUCUGAUGGAAGGGAACAAAGAUGAGGAGGAGGAGGAGGAGGAGGAGGAGACGAUUGUGUCAAAAUACAUAUCUAAGAUUGAUGGCGACUUUUUUCCCGUGACUGCCCCGGGAGGCGAAGAUAGGGUUUAUGCGAAGUUAUGUGGAGUAGAAACGGAAGUGGUAUCGAAGAAAUUGAACUUCAAACCACAAUCAUGCGGUCUCUUAGUGGAACCUAUCAGUGUUCUCUUCGAGAAGGCUGAUCAAUUGGCUUUCAAUAAGGCAUUGAAAGCUACUGCUGAAGUUCAGGACGAUGCUGUGGUGUCUCAUGCAGGUGUUGUUCAUGAGAAGCUUUGGGUCGAUAAGUACGCUCCUAAUUCGUUCACGGAGCUGCUGAGUGAUGAGCAGACAAACCGAGAGGUUCUCUUGUGGUUGAAACAAUGGGAUUCUUGUGUCUUUGGAUCUGAAAUUAGAAGUACAACGGAUGAGGUUCUGUCUGCUCUUAAGCGUCAUUCAACUGUUUCGCAACAUCAGAAACAUUCUGAUACGUCUUUCACGAGGAAAGGCAGAGGGCAUAAAUGGGCUAAUGGGCAAGAUAGACGGUAUGAUAGGACGAACCAUGAAAAUGAUAACUCUAAACAAGUGCAGGACUUAACAGACAAGAAACCAAGGCCAAGUGGUACUCCAGAACAAAAGAUCCUUUUACUUUGUGGUCCUCCAGGACUUGGAAAGACUACACUUGCACAUGUAGCGGCUAAACAUUGUGGGUACAGAGUCGUGGAGAUAAAUGCAAGUGAUGAUCGGUCAUCAUCUAGUGUUGAAGCUAAAAUCCUUGAUGUGGUCCAAAUGAACUCUGUGACGGCAGACUCAAGGCCCAAGUGUUUGGUGAUUGAUGAGAUAGAUGGUGCUCUUGGUGAUGGUAGAGGUGCUGUGGAUGUCAUUCUGAAGAUGGUUUCUUCUGACAAGAAGGCAGAGACUGGGAAAGAUAAUCUUGCGAAAGGAGAACAAUCUGGAAGAAUAUUGUCCAAAAAGGGCCGUAAAACAAGUUCUCUAUCAAGACCCGUUAUUUGCAUAUGCAAUGAUCUAUAUGCUCCAGCCUUGAGACCAUUACGUCAGGUUGCAAAGGUUCACAUAUUUGUCCAACCUACAGUCAGCCGUGUAGUUAGCAGGCUCAAGUAUAUAUGUAACAAGGAGGGGAUGAAGACAAACGCCAUUGCACUUGCUGCACUUGCAGAGUACACUGAAUGUGAUAUACGGUCAUGCUUGAACACACUUCAGUUUCUCAACGGAAAGCAAAAGGCACUCAAUGUGUUGGAUAUUGGUUCGCAGGUGGUGGGUCGAAAGGAUCAGUAUAAAGGUGUUUUCGAUAUCUGGAAAGAGAUAUUUCAAAAGAGAAAAUUGAAGGUGGAAAGAAGAUACGCAAGUAGCUGUACCAGUACAUCUGAUGACUUUGAUUUUCUGAAUUCGCGGCUGUCCAAUCGUGGAGACUUUGAUACGAUUAUGGAUGGUAUUCAUGAGAACCUACUGCAUCUUCAAUAUCAUGAUCCAGUUAUGCAGAAGACAGUCAAGUGCAUGAAUAGUCUUGGUGUUUUUGAUGUAAUACAUCAAUACAUUAUGCGAACACUGCAAAUGCCUCUCUAUGUUUAUCAGGCUCCUCUAGCAGUAACUGUGCAUCGUAUUGUGGCACAAGUCCAAAGACCAAAUAUUGAGUGGCCAAAAUCUUAUCAAAGGUAUCGAACUAUGUUGACAGAGAAAGUAGAACUGUUGAGGGCUUGGCAGAGAAAAAUUCCACCACAUAUAUCUCGACAUUUAUCAACCAAGUCAUUUGCUGAAGAUUCAAUUUCUUCCUUGUUGCAUAUUCUAUCACCCUCAACUAUAAGACCGGUAUCAUUGCACUUGCUAUCUGAAAAAGAAAAGAAUGAUAUGGACCAGUUAGUUAACACGAUGGUGUCUUACUCCGUCACAUAUAAGAAUGUGAGGCCCAAUCUUCUCUCCAGUAAGCCCGAGCAAGAAGCAGCUGCAGAUGCAUCCACGCUUUCUUUUGAUCCUCCCAUUACAGAGUUUAUCAAUUUCAAGGGCAAUGGAUAUGCUCGUAAUACACUUCCCUUGGCCUUGAAGCAAGUUUUGGUUCAUGAGGUUGAGAAGAGAAGGAUUUUGCAAGUCAGCAAAUCCACACAUGAUGCUGAAGUGCUCAAUGAAGCAAACCUUGACAUGAGAGAAAGAGGGAACCUUAAAGAUCCCUCCAGCAUUAUGAAACAGACAGGAGCUUCUGCUUCCAAUGGAGAAAAAGGGAAGAAAGGAGUGAGCAUCCCAAUUUCAUCGGCGAUGUCGUCCAGCGUGGAAGCAAGUCACAUUUCUGUGCCUAAUGCAAAGUUAAAUAGUAGUGGGAACCCCAAGAAGAGUUCCAGCGGCGCUGCCAACUUCUUUGACAGGUUCAGGAAAGCAGGCAGCAGAGGUUCUCAGAAAACCGAGACUAUGGACCGUAAAGCUGCUACAUUGGAAAGAGAUUCACGACCAGUCUUAUUUAAGUAUAACGAGGGCUUCACCAAUGCUGUUAAAAGACCAGUGAAAAUGCGGGAGUUCCUGAUUUGAUUCAACCGUUGUGCUAAUGCUUAGAGGUAAUAGCGCACUUGGGUGUCAAGUCAUGCGAUAGAAAAUACUGACAAUCUUCUAAACUAUCCUUUUUCUCGUUAUGUAUGGUUAAGUUAAUUGCUUGUCUUACUGUUGUAGUGCAAGGAAGAAGCACUUUGCUCCCUUUUCAUCACCUGGUUAGGGCCUUGUAACUAAAAGAGUUCAACCCUUCUGCAAACUGUAGCUAUUUACAUCGAGC